CUCAGUUUCAAUAUAACUUUCAUGUAAUACGUCAUCCUUUUUUCUUCACGGACUACUGAUAUGAUAUCGAUGCUCAACACUUGGUCUAUUGUUCCAUUUGUCAUAAGUUUGGUAACGAUUAGCUUCAUUCAUUAUGUUUAUAGAUGGAGAAACCCAGAGUGUAAUGGAGAAAAACUCCCACCUGGUUCCAUGGGAUUACCUUUGAUCGGAGAAACCAUUCAGUUCUUCAUCCCCAACAACUCAUUAGACAUGCCCAUGUUUUUCAAAAAGAGAUUAGCCAGAUACGGAUCAGUGUUUAAGACGAGUUUAGUGUUUCAUAAGGUGGUAGUAUCACUAGACCCAGAUUUUAAUCAUUUCAUAUUCCAACAAGAACGAAAGACAGUACAGCUAUGGUACAUGGACUCAUUCUGGGAUAUAUUUGGAAAAUCUAUCGAAUCUUCAGCUGAUCUUACCAUUCUCAAAUACUUCAGAAACUGUCUCCUAAAUCAAUUUGGCACUGAAACCAUCAAGGAGAAGCUUCUUCCUAAAAUUGAAGUCACGGCUAAUCGAUAUUUACGAUCUUGGUCUACUCAGUCUUCUUUCGAAGUUAAAGCAUCAAUCACAAGAAUGGUGUUCGAUCUUACAGCGAAACACUUAUUCAAUUAUGAUCCGAUGGACAUGAAUGUCGGUAACGUGUUUGCUGACUUCUUUGAUAGUAUAAUGACGGUUCCUAUAAACGUUCCCGGAACUACAUAUCACAAGUGUAUGAAGAACAAAAAGAAGGCCAUCCAACUGAUGAAGGAUAUAUUGCGCGAGAGACGUAAUUCAACUGAAAAGAAAGGCGAUUUUCUUGAUCAAAUCAUAGAAGAUAUGAAAACAAUGGAAUUUUUGACCGAAGAUUUUGUUGUUUACUUCAUAUUUGGGAUGUUCCUUGCCAGUUUUUCCACCAUUUCUACAAAUCUCACGUUAGCAUUUGAACUGUUAACAGACCACCCUGCUGUGGUUAAUCAAUUACUGGAGGAGCAAGACAAUUUGGCUAAAAGCACGAAGAAUCCGGAUUCUCCGCUUACAUGGGAUAAAUAUAAAUCAAAGACUUUCAUGUCUCAGGUUGUUGAUGAAACGCUAAGGAUGUCUAAUAUUUUUCCCGGGAUAUUGAAAAAGGUUAUCAAAGAUAUUCACGUAAAUGGUUAUACUAUUCCAGAAGGAUGGACGAUUAUGCUUGUUCCUUCUGCUGUUCAUAUGAGUCCUGAAAAGUUUCCUGAUCCACGUAUCUUCAAUCCUUGGAGAUGGAAUAACAUUGGUGGUAGAAAUGCACCAUCGAGAGAUUAUAUUCCCUUUGGUGGAGGGUUGAGACAUUGUGUAGGGGCAGAAUUUAGCAAGGCAGUAAUGGCUAUAUUCAUGCGUGUUUUGAUCACUAAGUUCAGUUGGACAAAAUUAAAAGGAGGACAUGCUUACCGUAACCCUGCUUUAUCGUUCGGAAGCGGUUUCCAUGUUAAGAUCUCUGAAAAGGAUCAGAUCAAGAACUAAUCUUCGGCCGUUAUUUAGUAAAUACCACAGAUUGGUGGUGUAAGUGCUCGUUUCUAAGUUAGAACUAAGUAUUGGAUGUGAGUACUUAGUUUGUUAUCUUAUUUCAAAUAUAUAAACUCAGCAUGUUCGUUCUCUAGUCUUUUGGGGGAUAUUUUUAUAGAUUGGGGAUAUAAAUUACCAUUUACAUCCAAUAGUUUCCCAAGGAUGUCUUUUGGGGUGGAAAUACUGUUGGGUGCAAUAAUCAAAAACAAAGAAAAAUCAAAUAAGCAAAAGUUAUUGAUACUUA